GUCAGUGUUCGGUACGUCUUGUCGUUGAUGAACGUACGAUAUACAAUUUUCGUUAUCGAGAAUGAAGAGAUCUUUGUCGGCUCCGUGUCUCGCAGAGGCCGAUAACGAAGUUAAGAAAAUUAAGUCUGCUGCAGAAACGCUGCAACCCAAUGGUCGUGAAUACUUGCAACUGGCGCUGGCAAAGGUUUUAGAAUUGCAACGACAAAUUAAGGAUGAUUCCUACAUUACCGACAAUACCAGCGACUUGGGAGAGUCUGAUAGCGAGGAAGAUCUGAUGAAAGAGGUUUUGACAAAGGUUUUCAAGGACCUACCAGGCUCCUCGUCUACGGUAGACUCGGUCAUAAAUCGCGCCAUAAGACCGGAACCUGCCCAACUUGAGGUCGUACGCGGUAAAAGCAUUCAGCUUUCGGGAUACGACAUGUGCCGACGAGUGGCCGUUGAUUUUAUGAGGAAUGUUGUGAAGUACACCCCAAGAAAUCGUGAGGAUGCUGAGAAAUUUCAUGUGGGAAAGUACUCGAGGGUCGCGACAAAAAUGGCAAAUCGAAGGACAGGGCUGCUAGUAGAACAAAACGCACAAAACGUGAACUUGCGUCAAAUGGAUGCGAACUCUCAAGACAUUCAGAGAGAAAACUUGUCUACUGAAUACGAAGUAAGGAUUCGAAUGCUGAAAGGAUUAGAUUUACAUCUGGCAGUUAAACAAAGAGAUUAUACUGCUCGCUUAAUGAGACAGUGAAAAGUCAUGAAUGGUUUCUUCGUGACUUAGUUAUACUUUAAUCUAGUCUUAUUACCAAACGUAUUUAUUAUAAUUAUCAGUAAGAAUUCUA